GAAAGUUCUUAUUUAAAUCCGACAUUUAUUGGAAUUUUGUUAUAAACAAUACAAUCUGUAGUAAUGUGUUAUUUAUGUUGAACAAUCCUCUUCAACAAGGGUGACAAACAUUACUCGCCAAAGUUUCUUUGUUUGAGAAGUCCUGAUUUUGAAAAUGAAUACUUUGAGUGCUAAAUUGAAGGAUUUUUUCCUGAAUCUGAAAACUGACGCCGUGCCGCGGCCACCGAGGAAUCGGCCAGUAGAACAGGAUACCCCUCCAGAGGAAAACAAUGAAAACUACGACCCUAAUAAUGAAGAACCUGAAGUUAUUGUCAUUGAGGAACCGGACGAUGAUUUGAAGAAAGAGAAAAAUAAGAAAUCGAAAUCCAAGAAAGACUUUUACAAAGAGGAAACUAAAGGAGGAAAACCCUAUAAACAGGAGAAAAGGAAAAGUGACUGCAUAGUAAACACACAAUCAACUGGUAAUGUGAUUAACAUAGUGAACUCCAAAGAUGUCCGUUGGGGAGAUGACUAUUAUAUGGGCUCAGCAAAACCGUCCACUAAGAAUAUGGACCCCGAAGAGGAGGAGGUUGAAAAGUGUAAUCUUAUCACUUUACUCAUGGAGUCUAAGCAAAAACCCAUACAACAUGAGUACUUGGACCAGAUAUCGGGGAAUUUGGGCAAGAACUGGUAUGGUCUGUUCAUAGCGCUAGGCUUCCUGAAGGGGAAGAUUGAGACCAUGGAGAUCAAUACAAGGGAUUAUGGGGUCACAGAGGCGCGCUACAAGUUGCUGCUGGAUUGGACGAACAAUGAUGAGGACGGCACGCUCGGAGGGUUGACCAAGAAACUCUGGGACCAUGGAGAUCGAGCGCUCGUGAAGCAACUCGCCAUAAUGUACAACAAAAAUAAGAACAAGUAACUAUUGUAGUGCUUUUAGGAUUGGUACGCUAGUGUAGUGGUUGAAUAACAUGUAUUCUGAGUAUGAGUAACUAGUAUUCAUAUACAGUAUUCAGUAUUGAUAGAGCACACUGUUUGCGGGCUUAUGUUAAAUGAGAUUACCGUGUUCUAGUAUACAUUGCUAUGAAACAAAGGUUUUUAACCGACUUCAAAAAAGGAAGAAGCUCUCAAUUCGUUGCAACGUUUUAUGAUUUUAUUGUUUUUUAAAACCCUGUUAAGGUUCCGUACCCAAUGGACGUACACGGGACCCUAUUACUAAGACUCCGCUGUCCGUCUGUCUGUCUGUCGGCUGUCUCUGAUCUCAUGAACCGUGAUAGCAAGGCAGUUGAAAUUUUCAUAGAUGAUGUAUUUCUGUUGCCGCUAUAACAACAAAUACUAAAAACAGAAUAAAAUAAAUAUUUAAGUGGGGCUCCCAUACAGCAAACAUGAUUUUUUGCCGUUUUUUGCGUAAUGGCACGGAACCCUUCGUGCACGAGUCCGACUCUCACUUGGCCGGUUUUUUAUUUGCUGUAUCUAUUUCUGAAUACUGUCACUGUAGAUACACUGAGGGCAUAUCACUGCGUAUACGCUGCCUCUAGUUUCGGCGUAGUUGGUCAUUUAUACAGCACAGAAUUUUAUUAUGCCAUGCUUUAAAGUACAAAAGACACAAAUAAAAUUAGAUCAAUGGCAUUCCAUGAACGCAUAUUUGCAGUGAUUUUACGUACACUUCCCUAAAAUAACCGACGGAUUAUGUGUUCUAUUUGCUCGUAUCCGUACAUAUCACCUUUCAAAAAGUACAUGUUGUUAUAUAUGUGAUGUAGUUAGCCUUAGAUGUUUUAAUAAUUGAAUAAGACACUUUAAACAUGUCGUUUAACCAUAUUGGCAAUGCCGCUUUGUUUUUUUUUUGUCAGAUUUACAUAUCGCCGCUAUACUUACUCAACCUCGUAUCUGCAACACUCAUUUGAUGACAAAAACACCCGUAUUCCGAAUGAAAGAAAAGCGACAUUUCCAUCAAAUGAUUGUUGCAGAUAUGAGGUUGAGUAAGUAUAGCGACGAUAUCGUGUAUAUAUUAUAUUUUUUAUUUACUUAGCUAAGCGCUUUCUGUGAUUUUUGCUACUUGAAUGUUUGAUUUUGCAUAAAUUCUAGUAUUUUAUGUAUUGUACCUUAAUAACAUCAUGAAAUCAUGAUUCUGAGAUUACGUUAUAUUUGUGUCAAAAUUGUCAGAUCAAUAUUUAAAGGUGCUAUUAAUGGUAGCAACUUAUUUUAAAAUUUCAUUUAGUGACAUUGUUAUACCUAAAUAUAGCUCUAGUCAUUAAGGGACAAAUUCUUAUUUAAUAAAAACAUAGCUUAAUACUGUUAGGUACAAAAGUUGCCCUACAUUUGGGCUGUUUAUAUGGGACCAUGGAUUAAAAAAGUUAUACCUAGAUUGUACAAAAAACAUCACAUACUUAUUACAAUUAAAUUAUAUACUUUAUUA